AAUUGUCAUCGGUUAUUGUGCUUGUUGAAAAAUUUCGCCAGAGACAAUUGCAAAUUGUAGUCAAGAAAAAGAACGUAUAAAUCGAAAAUAAGUAUAAAAAAUAUCGUUUAAUUGUAUUAAAAUUAUAGACAGUUAUAAACAUAUAAAAUAAGUGACUUUUCGACGAGCUGGUUGUCUCUGCAUCGCCUACGACAUCAUGGCAAAAGUGCAUAUCACAAACGUGGUCGUUUUAGACAAUCCAAGCAGCUUCUUCAAUCCUUUUCAAUUUGAGCUUACUUUCGAGUGUAUUGAAGAGUUAAAAGAAGAUCUAGAAUGGAAGAUGAUUUAUGUUGGCUCAGCCGAGUCGGAGGAAUAUGAUCAAGUGCUGGACACGAUAUAUGUUGGACCCGUGCCAGAAGGCCGUCACAUAUUUGUCUUUCAAGCAGAUCCACCCGAUGUGACGAAAAUUCCAGAACAAGAUGCUGUUGGCGUGACAAUAGUACUGCUUACUUGUUCUUAUCGUGGACAGGAAUUUGUACGUGUUGGUUAUUUCAUUAAUAAUGAUUAUGCCGAUCCAGAAAUGCGUGAAAACCCGCCACCAAAGCCUUUGUUCGACAAAUUAACGCGAAAUAUAUUGGCUACCAAACCGCGCAUUACCCGCUUUAAAAUAAAUUGGGACGACACACCGUCUAAUGGUUUGUUAAACGGCAAUGGUCAGUUACAUGCGCAUGCCAUGGGCAAUACAGAUGACGGAGCUUCAACUUCGACAUCAGCAGGAGUGUUGGCAGCUGGUUCAAAUGGUAAUAGCUUCAAUGGUACUGGGUGCGAGUCAAUGGAUACACCAGAAGCGGCAUGCGAUGAUAACAGUCUGAAUAUGCCUAUUGAAAAUGGUGUUAAUGCGCUAAAUGAAAACUCAAAUUCGCUAGCCAUGGAGUGCUAGGGUAUUGUUUCUUUUAGUUAACCUACACCAGCGCCUGUUUAUCGCCAUCUGUAUACAAGUAUUUUUGUACCUACCACCUAAAACCGUGCAUUCUACAAUCAGUGCUUAUGCAUCGGUCUGAAAAUAUCUCAUUGUUCGUCUUUAUUUCAGUUUUCUUCAGUUUAUAAGUUAUGUUUAUCAUUUCGUAUAUUUUUCUAAUACAUUAAUAUUUUAUUGAAGAUGUUUAGUAAUCUAAUAAGCUACUUUAAUGAAAAUUAUUUAUAAAUAUAGAAAAAAAAUUA